UCUCCUCCUCCCGCGCUCGUGUCUGCCUUUGCAUCUCCACUCCUCUCCCUCCUCUCCUUGGGGCCGAUCGCCAAGGGAGCUCCAAGGGUCUCGGGGUCGUCCUUGUUCCCCCCCGGCGUGCGGAGCCAGGGGUACCUCUUGUUGCGGGCAGAGAUGCUGCUCCUCCCGGGGAUGUGAUCGCAUAGCAACACAGCAGCGGGGCGCUGGAGGAGGCGAGGCGGCGGGCGCAGCGCUCAGCCUCAGCAUGCAUCCCUGGCACUGGCACCUCUCUGCUGAUUCACAGCCCCUGCUCCCGACGCACGGCUGCUGCCCGCGGUUCAGACCUGGCGCACUCGGAAGGUGCUGGCGCCCGAGGCCGUCUCCAUCCCCAUGAGCAUCGGCUCUGAUGCAGCCCCUGGUGAUGCAGGAAUGGCCUUACGUCCUCCCACCAUGUCCUGAGUGGCACGGCGCGGCCCCGGCGCGGCACAGCGGCGCUGCCCACCCGCUGCCUCAGGUUAAAGGCUCUCAGGAUGGUGCGGGACCUUCGUGUGUAAGCCCCCGGGCUCCCAGCAGUGUUGCUGGGCCCCAGAACCCCCUGGAGAUGAAUCUUUGUUGGAACGAGAUCAAAAAGAAAUCCCACAGCCUUCGGGCUCGGCUGGAGGCCUUCUCCGACCACAGCGGGAAGCUGCAGGUGCCCCUGCAGGAGAUCAUCGACUGGCUGGGGCAGAAGGAUGAGGAGCUGUCGGCGCAGCUGCCCCUGCGCGGGGACGUGCUGCUGGUGCAGCAGGAGAAGGAGACGCACGCGGCUUUCAUGGAAGAAGUGAAGUCCCGGGGGCCGUAUAUUUACUCUGUCCUGGAGUCAGCACAGGCUUUCCUUUCCCAGCAUCCGUUUGAGGAACUGGAAGAGCCAAGUUCAGAAAGCAAAGAUGUCUCUCCCCGGCACCGCAUCCAGAACAUCAGCCGCUUCGUCUGGAAGCAGGCGAACGUGGCCAGCGAGCUGUGGGAGAAGCUGACGGCCCGCUGCGUGGACCAGCACCGGCACAUCGAGCGGACGCUGGAGCAGCUGCUGGAGAUCAAAGGGGCCAUGGAGGAGCUCAGCACCACGCUGGACCAGGCUGAAAGCGUGCGUGAGACCUGGGAGCCCAUCGGGGACCUCUUCAUCGACUCCUUGCCAGAGCACAUCCAGUCCACCAAGCUCUUCAAGGACGAGCUGUCUCCCAUGAAGGACGGGGUGAAAGUGGUCAAUGACCUGGCACACCAGCUCGCCAUCUCGGACGUCCACCUCUCCAUGGAGAACUCCCGCACCCUGGAGCACAUCAACACGCGCUGGAAGCAGCUGCAGGCCUCCAUCAAUGAACGCCUGAAGCAGCUCCAGGAUGCCCACCGGGACUUCGGGCCGGGCUCGCAGCACUUCCUCUCCUCCUCGGUCCAGGUGCCCUGGGAGCGAGCCAUCUCCCCCAACAAAGUGCCCUACUACAUCAACCACCAGGCCCAGACAACGUGCUGGGACCACCCCAAGAUGACGGAGCUGUACCAGACGCUGGCGGAUUUGAACAACAUCAAGUUCUCGGCGUACAGGACGGCGAUGAAGCUGCGGCGGGUGCAGAAAGCCCUGAGAUUGGACAUGGUGACCCUGGCCACGGCCCUGGAGAUCUUCAACGAGCACGACCUGCAGCCCAGCGACCGGGCGAUGGACGUGGUGGAGGUGAUCCACUGCCUGACCGCCCUGUACGAGCGGCUGGAGGAGGAGCGGGGCAUCCUGGUCAACGUGCCGCUCUGCGUCGACAUGAGCCUCAACUGGCUGCUCAACGUCUUCGACAGCGGCCGCAGCGGGAAGAUGAGGGCCCUCUCCUUCAAGACGGGCAUUGCAUGUCUGUGCGGGACGGAGGUCAAGGAGAAAUUCCAGUACCUCUUCAGCCAAGUGGCGAAUGCCGGGGGCCUGUGUGACCAGCGGCACCUGGGCGUCCUGCUCCACGAGGCCAUCCAGGUCCCGCGGCAGCUCGGGGAGGUGGCAGCCUUCGGGGGCAGCAACGUGGAGCCCAGCAUCCGCAGCUGCUUCCGAUUCAGCCACGGCAAGUCUGCCAUCGAGGCGUCCCAGUUCCUGGAGUGGGCCAACCUGGAGCCGCAGUCCAUGGUGUGGCUGGCCGUGCUGCACCGCGUCACCAUGGCCGAGCAGGUGAAGCACCAGACCAAGUGCUCCGUCUGCCGGCAGUGCCCCAUCAAGGGCUUCAGGUAUCGGAGCCUGAAGCAGUUCAACGUGGAUAUCUGCCAGACCUGCUUCCUCACCGGGCGAGCCAGCAAGGGCAACAAGCUGCACUACCCCAUCAUGGAGUACUACACCCCGACCACCUCCAGUGAGAACAUGCGGGACUUUGCCACCACGCUGAAGAACAAGUUUCGCUCCAAGCAGUAUUUCAGCAAGCACCCGCAGAGGGGCUACCUGCCCGUCCAGUCCGUGCUGGAGGCUGACUUCUCCGAGACCCCAGCCUCCUCCCCGAUGCUGCCGCACGCUGACACCCACUCCCGGAUCGAGCACUUUGCCAGCAGGCUUGCAGAGAUGGAAAACCAGAACUGUUCCUUCUUCAGUGACAGCUUGUCCCCUGAUGACAGCCUGGACGAGGACCAGUACCUGCUGCGCCACUCCAGCCCCAUCACCGACCGAGAGCCCGCGGGCAGCCAGCAGGUCCCAGGAAGCCUGCCCAUGGACGACAAGGGGGAGCUGGAGCGCAUCCUGGCGCACCUGGAGGAUGAAAACAGGAUCCUGCAGGGAGAGCUGAGGCGUUUGAAAUGGCAGCACGACGAGGCCGUGGAGUCCCCGAGCUUGGCUACAGGCUCCCCCGAGCUGGUGCCAGACCCCCGCAAUGAGGAGCUCCUGGCGGAAGCGCGCAUCCUCCGGCAGCACAAGAGCCGCCUGGAGACCCGCAUGCAGAUCCUGGAGGACCACAACAAGCAGCUGGAGUCCCAGCUGCACCGGCUCAGAGAGCUGCUGCUGCAGCCGCCGGCAGAGUCAGAUGGCAACGGCUCAGCAGCAUCUUCCCUGGCUUCAUCCCCGCACCAGUCUGAAGGCAGCCAAGCAAAGGAGAAGGAGCACGACACCCCCGACACCGAAACUGCAGAUGAGGUGGAGGCCAAGACGCAAGAGGUCAGCGUGUGCCUGGAGGACAUCAUGGAGAAGCUGCGGAGCGCCUUCCCCAGCUCUCGAGGUAUGACCUCCCUUAUCUAACACCUCCCGUGAGCCAGAGGCUUUUCCUAACCAGCUGCCUGGCUGCUUCCCCUCCUCCUCCUCUCCCCGCCGUGCUCCCCGUGCCGCGGCAGGCUCCCUCGCUCAGGCAGGACGCUUGCCAGCUCCAGGAGAUCUCAGGGGAACAUUGGCCAGGUGGGAGCGGGGCUGUGGGCUCCCCGGGGGCCGGCUGGGUUGCUCAGCUGCAGCAUCCAGGCUUGGACUCAUUGGACUGCACAGAAAGGCUCGGAAGAAAGAGCUGAAGUGGUGGAAGCUGCGUGUGUCCCCUGGCACCCAUGGGGCGCAGAGCUCAGCAUCCCGCUCCUCUCCAGUUCUGCCCAGGGUCCUCCAGGGCACUGAAAUGUUUCUGCAGCCACCAAAAGGCCUCCUGGGGUGUAAAGGAACUCCUUCUGACAGCGCCCAGCUGCCCGCCUUAUGGUUUGGAUGCUGCUGCCGGCUGGGCACGCGCUGCCGGGGGGAGAGACUGCCAGGUUGGUGGGGUCGGGGCGAGUCCACACCAGAGCUUCAGCCCAGCUGGUAGCCUUAUCCUGAGAGGAUCUUUAUAACAGAGCCUUAUCGUUUAAUUUGCAUAUAUUUCUAUAUAUUAUAUAUAUAUUCUGUACUGAAAUACUCUCACGGACUCACGCCAUUAAACCCUAACACGAAGUGUAGUUGCACUUCCCUUCCAGCCCAGCCCGGCUCCCUCUCCUGCGGGAUCCUUCCCCGCGCUGCCCUGGAGCAGGGCUGGUGGCGGUGGCUCCGGGUCCCUCAGGCUCCCUCGGGCUGGCUGUCUCAGGCUGCGUUACGUCGAGAAAGCUGCGGAGUCAGGUGCUGUGGGUGCCCUGGGGCACAAAAAGGGCUGGCACUGCCCCGCUGCUGCUCCGGGGCGGCGGAGAGAGGAGAUGCCCACACCGCUGGGCACGGCAGGGUGCAGGGAAGGCUGUGUCUGUGUGUCCCGAGCUGCAGGGACAGGGCUGUUGGCUGUGUGCUGGUGAGCUCUUUGGGGAGGCUGGGACCAGGGAGAUGUUUGCCACGAUGGCAGUGGUGCCCGUAUCACGGAGUGCUCAAUGUGCUUGGUGCCAGGGCCCCGUGCCGGUGUGUGGGGUGCCAUCCUUGCCAUCCUGGUGGCGGUGGUGGUGGCAUUAGGGAGGGGACGCUGUCCUGAGUGGGUAAGCACUGCAGGAGCACGGUGACUGCAUGAGAUUAGGAAGAAAAAGGCAGGAUUGGGGCAAAUUGGUGCAGGUCCUCGCUGUGGGGAGUGGCAGUGGCUGAGCUGUGUGCCCAGGCAGGCUGGGGCUGUGCUGGGAGGUGGCCGGGAGGGGAGCGGGCUGGCUGAUGCUCUGGUAACCAUGUACUGCGGUGCUGCUGCCCUGGCUGCUUCUCUCCACCUCUGCUCUGGAAAGAGAAUAAAUUGGUAUUUAUACUGGGA